AUGGGACCUCAACACAAUGCCAUGGAGAAGAACCAGAACACCGAUGCCGCAUGCUGCAGUGGUGUUGGAGGGCUCUUCGUGCAUCAGCGCCUGUUUUGCGUUGGCCUCGCAUUCUUUUUCUUUUCUGUGUCCUUUGUAAUCGCGUGGUCGAUGCUUAAGAGGUACUACCGCCGGUUUGUAUGCAUUUCUGUACAGCUUCAGUGUGAUGUAUCUUCUCGCGUAAUCUCCGCCCUCCAUACGAUCAUUGUAGUCCCAUGCUUAAUUGGCGGAGUUGCCGCAAUGAAGUGGGGAGACCACUUUGAGCCGCUCGGCGAUGUUUCUUUUCUGCAGGGACUGCUUUGCAUCAGUCUGGGGUACUUUUUGUACGACACAAUACUACUACUGUUAUACCGACAACCAAACUGGUUUGGUUUCAUCGUCCACCAUGUGGUGUCAAGUAUUCCGUAUGUGAUUUACCUGUUUGCUGGGUCAUGCCCAUAUGGGCUCUUUAUUCUUGCCUGCUUCAUGCUGGUGGAGGCGACGAAUAUAUCCCUUCACGUACGAAGCACGUUGGAGGAAAACGGCAUGUCCACCACCAAGCUCUACGCAGUUGCCCUCUACAGUACCUGCAUUUUAUGGAUUGUGUUUCGUCUCAUUAACCCAACAUCCCUUCUGAUAAUCACGCAUAAGUACAUUAUCCCAAGCCUUCCACCUGGGCGAGCAUCGUGUCUGCUUCCUAGUGUGCUUUGUGCCUAUGUCGUCAACUUUUUUUGCUAUGCUGUCUUUAUUAUGUUAUGCAAGGAGGUGCUGAUACACCGACGAAGACUGCCCCGUGCGGGAUGCGUGAUCCCCGUAGACUCAGUAGAAGUGAGGGAACAAGGCCUCUCAAGUACGACGGCGUAUGAUCAUGACGCAAUGGACUUAAAGCAAUUGCAUCACUUUAUGUGUGGGGAAGCUGAGGCCGCCGUGGAGCAUCUGCCAACCUUGUACGAGGUGAAUAUAAAUGGUAAAGCAACAACGGGGCCCAGGAAGGCCCAUUUUGAAGGGGCGCCUCCUACAUAA